AUGCAUUUUGGUAUUGAAGCAUGUCGGGCUUGUGCAGCAUUUUUUCGUCGUACUGUCAGCUGUAAACGUGGAUACAUUUGUCAAGAAAAAAAUGACUGUGAAAUAUCGUUUUGUAAGUGA